UGUUAAUGUCUACUCUAAGAAGCAAGUUGGUGUUUGCCUGCGACAAAGACUUCCUUUCAUUCAAGUGUCCGAACAACACGGUCAUUACGAUAGAAAACGCUAAUUAUGGACGGCAGGUCCCAAAUAAACACAUGUGCCCCUACAGAUGGAGCACCGUUGGCAGCUAUCAAGUUAAGCAGUUUCAUGAAGACACCAACUGCAAGGCAAUAAACUCAAGACAGAUUAUACAAAACAUGUGUGAAAGCAGGCAGCUUUGUAAGAUUAGCGUCUCAAGUGAUCUGUUUGGAGGAGAUCCCUGCCCUGGGACAAACAAGUACUUAGAUGUCACCUAUAAAUGCAAACCAAGUACAUUUCGUAACAUGGUUGUAUGUGAAGACAGUCACAUGAUGCUUCAUUGUGACAAUAAAGAGGUUUUAGCAAUACACUCAGCUGGUUUUGGUCGGCCCAUUGCAGAGAAUAUGAAAUGUCCGUCAUUCACAAUGGAUGAAACGGAAUGUGAGUCUCAUAACUCACUUGAGGAGGUGAUGAAGAGAUGCCAUGGAAAGAGACACUGUGCUGUCAAGGCAAGCACAAGGGUCUUUGGGGAGCCAUGUCAACAGGGUACCUACAAAUAUCUUAGCGUCAUCUAUACAUGUGUAUCAAAGCGGAUAUUUCGUAAGCCUCGACGGUUUACUGGUAUUCCGACGGUGCCAUAUAACUUUGUUAUCAAUCCAACCUUCCCAACGUAUAGUCAAGGGUAUGAUCAUCGCAGCCAGUCACCUAAAACCAUGUCUGAAUCAACGGAUAACCAACCAGGAGGUGAUAUUUUUAGUACAACAGGGUCUAGCGUCUACGCAACCAGGACGCCUUAUAAUAUCAGCUAUGAACCCACAGUGCAAGCUGAACAAGAAGAAUCAAUGGGAUUCUUCACUGGUAUAUUAGCAGCUAUUGGAUACAUCCAAAUGAACACAGAGGUAUUUAUUUUGUACAUGUCCAUUGGAUGCUGUAUGGGAGUGUUGGUAACUUUACUAUGGUGUGUCAUCAGACUUCAAUGUCAGAAUUAUGAUCUCAAGAAAAAACUUAAGGAAUCAAAUAUUCCCAAGUCAGAUACUGACGCAGUGAAUAGAACAUUAUCCCGCAACGGUUCCAUCCUGGAAUCCGUGCGGCAAGAAAACCGAGAAGACAUUAAUGAAAUAUGGAACACUCCGCCCCCUCCACCACCAUCAACUUUAACGCCGCGCCCUGAAAAUGGUUUCCACACAAACCGGAGGUGGGAUUCUCCUUCCCCGAUAACGACGCCGACGAGGGAGGUUAACUCGCUACCGGCAACGAGGAAUCUAAACAGUUACUUCCCAUGACUAGGCCGAGAAAGCCAUCAUCAAUCAGCUCAUGAAUAUGCAUUGGGUCUGGAUGAUGGCACAAGUGUGUGAUGAAGCGAGGGCGCUCUUUGCAAAAAGAGGAACACUGCUCUGAUAGUAGCCUGAUAAACAUCUGUCAACACACUCCGAAGCUCAUGAGUUACACCAGAUACCAGCCUUGAGUGACUACCGUGACGUGUAACCUUUGACCUGGCAUUAAUUUCACAUGGAGAUUCCCAGUCAAAUUCUAUUUACAGUGUAUACAUAUAAAACAACAUUCAAUAAAUAUACCAACAUUUAGCAGGCUGCAUGCAGCUGUCCGAAAGUGCAGCUGGCAAACAUCACCUCAAACCAAUCGAAACAGAGCUAUGGAAAGCUUGUGCCACGGCACAUGGAGAUUCGCAGUCAGAUCCUAUGUACAGUGUAUACAUAUAUAAAGCAAGGUUAAAUGCAUUUACUUGUAAUAUGAACAAAAUAUAUACAUGAACAUGUACCAGCAUUAUGCCUGCUGCCUGCAGUUGAAAG